AGCGAGCGUUGAGAAAGCAUGCUUUGUCGGCCAUGACAAUCUCUCUCUCUCUCUCUCUCUCUCUCUCUCUCUCUCUCUCGUGAAGGUUAACCAUCCUUCAUGUUCACCCCAAAGCUCAAAGAAAAACCUUCACUUUUUGAGCUCUUCGGUUUCUGUGUUCCUGCUUUCUUGAUGAUAAUAAUCGCGAAAAGGGGUUUUCCAUCUUCAUUGCACUUCGAAGUUGACGGGAAGACCAUGGGCGAAUAGUAAACCCGUUUGCUUACAUUCAUAACGUGGCUCUUCCUUGAUUAAAACGAUUUUCCUUGGUCAAAUGUUUUGCCGAUGACCAGAAAAGAAAGAUUCUCCUUUCAAUAGUUUUUGGUGUCUCUCAUGAAGUAAAAAGGAGGUACGUGAGGCCUUUCUUCCUCAUCUUCUUCUUCCUCCUCAUAUUUUUCACCCAAAAUCCUGUGUCCUUCGAUGAGAGUUUUGUUUAUUUUAAUUCCUGCCGCACCUGCAUUUCAAGUCGGGGUAUGAGUCUAUUGAACAUUCAGACACUCAGCUUAUGUGAAACUGAAUCAUAUUCAAGAGAAGAAGCUUGAGAGGAAAUAUUCUAUCUGACCCUGUUUUAAAUGCAACAUAUAGAGGGGACUUUUUCAUGGUUGAGUGAUUGUUAUGGUUUGGAAUAUGGAGAGAUUGAAACGGGUGUUCUUGGCCAUUAACUGUGUUGUGGCUGCUUUUCUGGUUCAUCGGUGUCUGGGGCUUAAUGAGGAAGGUCAAUACCUGUUUGAAAUAAAGCAGAGCUUCAUUGAUCAAUUCCAUCGUCUUGAUAGCUGGAAUGCCAGUGACCCAACUCCUUGUGGAUGGAAUGGCGUGAAUUGCUCGUAUAGUUACUAUGAUCCAGUCGUGUACUCUCUCAACUUGAGCUCGAUGAAUCUCUCCGGAUCUUUAUCUCCUAGUAUUGGCAAACUGGUUGGCCUGACCUAUCUUGAUCUCUCUUUCAAUAAGUUGUCUGGAAAUAUACCAAGGGAAAUAGUCGACUGUUCGGGUCUCGAGGUCAUCAAAUUGAACAAUAAUCAGUUUGAAGGGGAAAUACCAGUGGAAUUGUGCACACUACGGUCUCUGACAUCCUUGAACAUAUGCAACAACAAGAUUUCCGGGCCUCUUCCUGAGGGGCUUGGAAACCUUUCCUGGCUGUCCGAACUGUUUGCAUACUCGAACAACAUCACCGGAUCGCUGCCCCGUACUCUUGGGAAUCUGAAGAACCUGAUGUCUUUCCGCGCUGGACAGAAUUUGAUUUCGGGAAGUUUGCCUUCAGAAUUAGGUGGGUGCAACAGUUUACAGUUUCUCGGUCUCGCGCAGAACAAGUUAACUGGGAACAUUCCAAUUGAACUCGGAAUGCUCCAGAGCUUGACUGACUUGAUUCUUUGGGAUAACCAGCUUUCUGGGGUGGUGCCUAAAGAGAUCGGAAACUGUACAAGUUUAGGGACUCUUGCCCUCUACAAGAACAAUCUUGUGGGUGGAAUACCAAAAGAGCUUGGCAACCUGAUGUUUCUGAAGAAACUAUAUGUUUACUGGAAUCAGUUAAACGGAACGAUACCAAGAGAAAUUGGCAACCUUUCUUUAGCUACAGAAAUAGAUUUCUCGGAGAAUUUCCUAACAGGGGAGAUACCGAUUGAGUUUGGGCAUAUAUCGGGCUUGAAAUUGCUUCACCUUUUCCAGAACCAUUUAACAGGUAACAUCCCCAGCGAGCUUGCUAGCUUGAAGAACCUAACAGAGCUCGAUCUUUCCAUCAACAACCUUACCGGUCCCAUCCCUUUGGGGUUUCAGUAUCUGACAAGGCUUUACUCAUUGCAACUCUUUAACAACUCGCUGAGUGGCAUCAUUCCUCCAGGGCUCGGUGUUUAUAGCAAUCUCUGGGUGGUUGACUUAUCGCAGAACUUGCUAACGGGGAAAAUUCCCCGGUAUCUGUGCAUGAAUUCCUGUCUUUUUUUGCUGAACUUGGGGUCGAACAUGCUCACAGGGAAUAUUCCUAGGGGGAUCUCAAGCUGCAAGUCCCUCGCGCAGCUUCGGCUCGUCGGAAAUAACUUGCAAGGCACUCUUCCACCAGAUUUGUGCGGCCUGGUGAACCUUUCUACCGUCGAAUUAAAUCAGAAUAAGUUCAGUGGUCCCAUACCUCCACAAAUUGGAAAAUGCAAAGCACUGCAAAGGCUUCACCUUUCCAAUAAUUACUUUGUGUCAGAGUUGCCGAGAGAGAUUGGUAAUCUUUCUCAAUUGGUGACUUUCAACGUCUCGUCAAACUUGCUUACCGGGCAGAUUCCGCCCGAGAUCUUCAUGUGUAGGAGGCUUCAACGGCUGGAUCUGAGCCGCAAUGAUUUCAUGGGUGCUUUGCCAAGUGAGGUUGGAAACCUUUCCCAAUUGGAGCUUCUCAAGCUUUCCGAUAACAGGCUCUCGGGCACCAUACCCGUCACGCUUGGGAGCCUGACCCGAUUGACUGAGCUAGAGAUGGGGGGGAAUUGGUUCUCCGGGGCUAUACCAGCUGAGCUUGGAGCGCUCUCGAGCUUGCAGAUUGCCCUGAAUCUGAGCUACAACAACCUGUCUGGAGAAAUGCCGCCUAAGCUUGGGAAUCUUGUUCUCCUGGAGUAUCUCCUACUCAACAAUAACCGCUUGACCGGUUCGAUCCCCAGCUCCUUUCAGAAUCUCAAGAGCUUACUAGGCUGUAACUUCUCGUACAAUGUCUUAUUUGGGCCCUUGCCUCUUUUGCCGCGGCUCGAUAGCAUGGCUGUGAGUAGCUUUCUUGGGAACGAAGGGCUGUGUGACGGACCCCUAGGCAAUUGCAACGCCUCUCCAUCUUCGCCUUCUUUACUCCCAGAGACAAACAGCCAAAGUUCAAAAUUAGCUAAAGUUGUCGCCAUAGUAGCAGCUGGGAUUGGUGGGGUUUCUUUCAUUUUAAUCCUGGUUGUCCUGUAUUUCAUGAUAAGGCCAGUUGAGACCGUUGCGCCUUUGCAAGAAAACCCAGGUUCUUCACCAGUCUCCGACAUUGACUUCUUCCCGAAGGAAGAUUUCACUUUCCAAGACUUGGUCACGGCAACUGAUGACUUCAGUGAUAGCUUCGUCAUUGGGAGGGGAGCUUGUGGGACAGUGUUUAGAGCAGCGUUGCCGACCGGCAAUACCAUUGCCGUCAAGAAGCUAGCGUCCAACAGAGAGGGAAACACUAUGGACAACAGCUUCCACGCAGAAAUACUGACUCUCUGGAAGAUCAGGCACCGAAAUAUUGUGAGGCUAUACGGCUUCUAUCAUCAUCAGGGCUCGAAUUUCCUCCUUUACGAGUACAUGGCAAGGGGAAGCUUAGGGGAAUCGCUGCACGGGUCUGCCUACAAUCUCGACUGGCCAAGGCGUUUCUUUAUUGCUCUUGGAGCUGCAGAGGGGCUCGCAUACCUGCACCACGACUGUGUGCCUCGGAUUUUCCACCGGGACAUUAAAUCGAACAACAUCCUGUUAGACGACAAGUUUGAAGCCCACGUAGGAGAUUUUGGAUUGGCCAAAGUUAUCGACAUGCCACAAUCCAAAUCCAUGUCAGCAGUGGCGGGCUCUUAUGGCUACAUCGCCCCUGAGUAUGCAUAUACCAUGAAAGUUUCCGAGAAGUGCGACAUCUAUAGCUAUGGAGUCGUCUUGCUGGAGCUGCUGACGGGGAAGACUCCGGUGCAACCCCUGGACCAAGGGGACCUCGUGACUUGGGUGCGAAAUUACAUCCAGGACCACUCGUUAUCUCCCGGAGUGCUUGAUGUGCGAGUGGACUUACAGGACGAGAGCACUGUAUCCCACAUGAUCACGGUCUUGAAGAUCGCUCUGCGUUGCACAAGCAUGUCUCCAUCGGAUCGUCCAACAAUGCGGGAAGUCGUCGCAAAGCUCAUUGAGUCUGGUGAGAAGGAAGGGAAGUUUUACUGUUAUCCUAGUGAUGAUACUGACUCGAGAGAUGAAUCUUGAAUACUUUACAGAAUAACACGCAAUUUUAAAGUUCUCUCUCUUAUACCA